UUCGAAUUUUCUCCGCCAGAAGUCGUUUCUGUCGACUCUUUAACGGUUAGAAAAGGGACGACUUUCAAAACUCCCAACGCCGGCCAACGCGUACGGUUGAUCGUACGACUCCUACGGCUCGAACGUUUCAUUGAACCGUUUGUGUCCUAUUGAUCACGACGAACGGAUCGCUAAGUGCCUUACAGACCGGUGACAUGUCAGCAGAAUAAUAGUUCGCGGAAGAAACGACAAGAUAAGCACAAGAAAAUGACGUCGUUGUCACUUUUGGCUACCUACGACGAGCUGGUGAGAUGUACGAACGUCUUGCUAAAUGGAGCCUGCGAAGAAGAAUUCCUGCAAUUCGCUUUAAAUCAAGAGGAGAUGAGACAGAAAUGGCUGGCUUCAGUGGAAGAAUGCCAACGACUCCAUUCAGCUUUGGAUAAGGCUCAUAAUGAGAUUGCGGCGCUCGAUAGGAAGAUGCGUCAUGCUCGAAGUAACUUGGAGGAGGAGAAGCGCAAGCGUCGCGCUGUCGAGGAGCAGAGAGACAAUUUGGAGAGACAAAUUACCACUGCGAGGAAUUUGUUAUUCAGUGAUAGAGGGAAAAGUCUGAAUGAUGAAACCAGGGAGAAAUUACAGUUUCUUAAUAACACUUCACUGAAUCGUCAGAGUAACAUGCGUAUUCAAGACAUCUCCAUUGACAAGCUUAACACAAUAGCGGAAUUGGACUCUACCGGUUCGUUACUGAGUAAUCUUAACUGUCUGUCCAGAUCAGAGGAUGACUUGGACAUCAGCAUUUUGCCAAGUCACAAAAAACGAGAGUGGAAAGAGCAUCGUCCCAGUAGCGAAUAUUCCAAGAAACAUCGUCGCAGCGCAACGCACAAAACCGCCGAAUUGAACUCGUCUGAUAGAAUAGUAGCGACUACUACCGUAGUCAUGCCGAAGGAUGGUGCAAUUACUGCGUCAUCCACGAUCGAGGCUAUACCCGGUGACGAGAACGCAGAUCCCCUCCAAACUCCCUCACAUAAUUCACGCAAGCGGCGUAAGAGCAGUACGGAGCACAACAAAUCGAAACUGUCGCACAUAGAUACGAACCCAAUGCCAUUUGACACAGCGCCGUCAGCACCAAAGGCUGACAUUCUUACAUCGACUUCAGACACGGAGGAUUUGGCGAAACCAAGUCCAAACAUCGGUGGAUAUACCAUGAAUUUAAAAAUGUCUAGGAAUCAUCACUUCGUAGCUAAAACUGUUAUCAAGCCGGAAACGUGCACACCCUGCGGGAAAAAAAUCCGAUUUGGGAAGAUCGUAUACAAAUGCCGAGAUUGUAGAGCUACAGCUCAUGCCGAGUGUAAAGAUUCAGUACCGCCGCCAUGUAUCCCAAUGGGAAAUACACCUACGUUACGUGGUAUGCCCGGCUCUAUAGCUGAUUACACGCCCACGAUACCGCCUAUGAUACCUUCCAUCAUAGUUCAUUGCAUCAACGAGAUUGAGUUACGCGGAUUGAACGAGCAGGGAUUGUACAGAGUGAACGGAGGAGUCGCGGAUGUCAAGUGUCUCAAGGACAAGUUCCUGAAGGGCAAAGGCGCCCCGAAUCUUUCCAACGUCGAUAUCACGACCAUAUGCUCUACCUUGAAAGAUUUUCUCAGAUCAUUACGUGACCCGCUGAUCCCUGCCUUUUUGCGGGGCGACUUCGUGCGUGCGACACAACUGAAGGACAAACAGGACGCCGCCGUUGACGCCGCCCUUUAUCAGGCGAUAUCGGAGCUGCCACGGCCAAACCGGGAUACCCUGGCCUUCUUGAUGUUACAUUUACAGAGAGUGGCGAGUAGCGCCGAAUGUAAAAUGCCCAUCAGCAAUCUCGCCAAGGUCUUCGGGCCGACCUUAGCCGGUUUCAGUUCCCAGGAGCCGUCCGACAUCUACAAAGAGACUGGGCAGCAAGUCGCGAUAGUAGAGAGUUUACUCCAAAUUCCAUCGGAUUAUUGGGCGACUUACGUGAAUCCUUCGAACGAAAACUCCAAUGGCAUUUCCACCCCGAAAACGGGAGAAUUGAAGCAUACGCCAUCCACAGAGUCACUUCUCAAGCGAAGUAUCUCCCGCGGUUUCUUCAAUACUCCUAUCACUUCUAGCCGCACCUUCAGGAGAAACAAGAAAUAUUUUGCUACACCGCCCUCCAGAAUAGGAUACUGAUAAGCAAGGUUACAUUUGUUAUACUAUAAUAGCAAUUUGUAUGCAGAAAUGUUUGGCCUGAUAUUUAACAUGCUUAGAUAUAUGUAUUCUUUUGUAAAUAUAUUGAAGUACAAUAAACAGCUUCAUUUACACUUA